AUGCACUUGAAUGGCACCUGUUUCGGGGCCCUCCUCCUGAUUCUUCUUCAGGGCCUCCAGCUCGUGGAAGCAGAGAAUCUCCUCCAAGCCAGCGGGCUGACACAAUGUUCCGGCAGCAACAGCCACCAAGUGACCGUGAACAACUUCAAAGCAAUCUUCACACCGAGCAAUAACUCGAUCAGCAUUGACUUCGAUGGCUUCUCUGAAGUGGCCGGGGACGUCUUCAUCGACGUGGAUCUCUUGGUAUACGGAUAUAAAGCGCUCACGAAGACGUUCGAUCCGUGCAGUCUCGAUUUGUCCGUUUUCUGUCCUAUGAAAGCCAUUGAACUGGAAAUUCCCACCAUCUCUCAGACACUCGGUGACAAGGUGGUCUCACAAAUCCCAUCCGUCGCUUAUACCAUCCCCGACAUCGAUGCUGUGAUCCGUCUGCGACUCAAAUACAAAAAUGGAGGUCAACAAAUUACCUGUUUGGAGACGCGGAUUACGAAUGGCAAAUCAGUUUACCAGUCGGGUGUCGCGUGGGCACUCGCCGUCAUAACGGGUCUAGGUCUUGUCACCUCCACGGUGAUUUCGCUUCUCGGCCAUUCGAAUACAGCAGUCCACCUUGCUUUCCGAUCGCUUGCCUUCCUUGGAUUCAUUCAGGCACAGGCAAUGGUUGGCAUGACCUCAGUCAGAAUGCCACCCUUUGUGCAGGCGUGGACGCAGAAUAUGCAAUGGAGCUUGGGAAUUGUCCGGUCGAACGCCCUACAGACGAUUGCGACUUGGUUUCAACGUGCCACCGGGGGUACUCCCUCAUCAAUCAUGUUAGCAUCGAGAACGAUGUCUCUCGUCUUGCAGAAGCGGUCCGGCGUACUCCAUCGCAGAGCUGCCGAAAAAGGAAGACAAAUCAUUCUUCGCGGAAUUGAACGGGUCGGGAUUCGCGAUUCCAUUGAAGUUUCGAAUAUCUUCAUGACGGGAUACCUAUUCUUCUACUUCGUCACUACGAUCGUCAUCAUUUGCGUCGGUAUCUUCCUGCUGAUCCGAAAAGUUCUAGCCAAGAAGCAGACGGCGUAUCCUAAACUGAAUAGCGCCAUCGGUGUCGCUGCCGACUGGAAGAUGAUUCUGCGAAAUACUUUCUUCCGAUUGGCAUGCAUUGGAUAUCCCCAGAUGUGUAUUCUGUGUCUCUGGGAACUGACUCGACGGGACUCCGCCGCCGAAGUGGUCCUAGCCAUCACGAUGUGGCUCGUGACGACCGCUGUCUUAGCCUUCGCCGCAUUCAAGGUGUUCCAGCGCGCGCUCCGUUCGAAGCAGCAGCACAAUACGGCUGCAUACACGCUCUAUUCGGACCCUGCGACCCUGAACCAAUGGGGGUUCCUGUACAUCUAUUACCGCGCCCCGGUCUACUUCUUCCUUGUUCCAAGUAUGGUCUACACCAUUGUCAAGGGCAUGGUCAUCGCCUUUGCCCAGCCCUCACCGGUUGCACAGUCGAUCGUUCUCCUUAUCCUGGAACUGAUCAUGAUGCUCGCGACAGCUAUCAUCAAGCCGUUCAUGAGCAAGGCGGCCAACGUUGUAGCAAUCACGGCGACAGUGAUCACCACGCUCAACACGAUCUUCCUACUGGUCUUCUCGGACGUCUUCGACCAACCCGAUCUCAUGACCGGCAUUCUGGGCGUCAUCUUCUUUAUCUUGAACGCGGUCUUCACCCUCAUUCUUCUGAUCUAUCUCCUCGUCGGCAUGUUCUACGCCAUCUUCUCCAAGACUCCGGACACUAAGUACCGACCUCUCGCCGAUGACCGUAACUCGUUCCGUUGGUCUCGCACCCCCGCUACAACUGAGUUGUCGUCUCUCGAGAAGAUCGCAAGAGGAGAGGAAGACACGGAAGGGCAUUCCUAUCCGCCGCGUGUCGCUACUGCGCCGCCAAGUGACGAAGACGUGUCCAUGGCAGCUAGAAGGCCAUACAAUGAUGUUGUGGACCCUUCGCUGCCACUCUUCCCUACCAAUACCAGCUAUGAACGUGUACGACCACUGUCGUAA